AUGUCAGAAAACCAAAUUAAUUCAUCCGAAAUGAAAUUUAAAUUACAAAAAGAACUUAAUGAGCCGUCAGAUCCAAAUUUAGCCAUUGAUGAAUUGCGUACAUUAAUUAAAGGUGAUAUUUUAUUGAAAUCAAGAAUGGAUGAUGCAUUUAUGCUUAAAUUUUUAAGAGCUAGAAAAUUUCAAGUAAACAAAGCAUUUAAAUUGGUUCAAAAUUAUUUUGAGGCAAAAGAAAAGAAUCCGAAAUUAUUCAAUUUAAUUGUUCCAUCCAAUUAUAUCCUUUUUUUGGAAAGCGGGACAGUUUUUAUGUUACCUCAUAGGGAUCAGCACGGACGAGAAAUAUAUGUUUUUAGAAUGGAAAAGGUUUUAUCUGGAAUGAGCAUAGAAGAUGUUUUUAAAAUAAACUUGAUGAUUUUGGAAGUCAUAUCUGAACAUCCAAAAACUCAACUUGCUGGUAUGGUUGCAAUUGCUGAUUUUACAGGAUUUAAGUGGCUGAAACAUUAUCAAUAUUUAUCACCUUAUUAUGCUAAAAAAUCUGCUGAAGUUGUGCAAGAUAGCUUCCCAUUAAGGUUUCAAGGAUUUCAUUUUAUCAAUGAACCAUUAUACUUAUACACUGUAUAUUCAAUCAUUAAACCAUUUUUGAAAGAAAAAUUACGAUGUCGGAUUCAUUUUCACGGAAACAAUUUCAAUUCCUUGCAUAAAUAUAUUGCACCAAAUAUUUUGCCAACAUAUUAUGGUGGCGAUUUAGAAUUUGAUCCGAUAACUUGGGUACAACAACUCUUGAGGAAAGAACAGUAUCUUAAAGAUCUAGGGCAAUAUGGAUACAACAGGUGAUUAACG